CUCCUGUUGCAUGCUGCUCGCAAGUUCUGUCGUCUGCAUCAUGUCAAAAGUAAAAACCAAAAAGCCCAUAAACCUGACUGAUCCGCUACCGAACACGUCGGCUUGGAUGGUGGAUAAGCAUGCAUGGGAAUACCUUGUAGCUUUGCCGCACCAUCCAUCUCAUCGUUUGAAGGUUCACAGCCUACAACUUACCAAUAAAAAAAAUGCGGUAUGUUGUACAUGAAGGUGAACACCCAUAUUUAUAAAUUAUGGCAUAUGAAAUGCGGAUGAGUCAAUACCACGGGCAUCUUGUGCUACAAAUGUGCCACAAUCGAGUGUUAGAUUACUCGGAGCCGACAACGAAGCAUCAUGAUGGUCUCCAACCCGUAGCGAUCUUGAUCCAUCUGUAGAGUUGUAACCAGAAUGAAAAUAAGACCAAUGAUACAUAGGCGACAUACUAUGCAGGCAACAUUCUUGGCAUAUGAAAUGAGGAUGAGUCGGUACCAUAUUCAUUUUGUGCUUCAAAUGUGCCAGAAUCCACUGUUAGAUUACUUGGAGCCGACAACGAAGCAUCAUGAUGGUCUCCAACCUGUAGCGAUCUUGAUCCAUCUGUAGAGUUAUAACCAGGAUGAAAAUAAGACCAAUGAUACAUAGGCGACAAACUAUGCAGGCAACAUUCUCUCCAAUCUUCAUACAAUCUUAUACCUGGAACCGUCGUGACCCUCUUGGCAUCCUGUUGCUGGAAAAAAACUACACAGCCGAAUCGUUUUUUUAUUUCUGAAACAAGAUUUCUAUUGCACAAGCCUUCUGAAACAGGAUAGUGUUUUCCAUUUCUUAAAGCUCAAAUCUUGUUGCGCAAAAUUGUAGAUCAAAAUUAGUGUCUGCAUGUCCUGGAUACCUAGCUAGCUAUGUUCCAGUUUGACAAUCAACUUUGUAGAUGCUCAGUUUGACAAAGUUUUUAUAAGAUGUUUAAUUUUUGGAUGGAACAAAAAAGGAAGCAUAGUUGAAAUGCAAUGCAAUCAGACUUGUAAAGGUCUUGCAUUGCACAAAAUGCUAAGGAUGAGGCCAGAAGAAGGUUCAAUGAAGUGAAAAAAUUACUCCUUACUUGGUCUGCAUGCAGUGAUCGACUACUGGUUUGCUUGUCAGUUGUUCUGUUUCCCAUAGAAGCUGCAUCUUUCUAGAAGCUGCUACAUCAGAUUAACCUGGGAAUGAAUCUCAUAAAUUCUAUUCUGAUGAGCACUACCUGCCAACCUUAUUUAAUAUGGUUGAUCCAACCGGAGUCGCGAAUUGGUCAGUGACACGUGUUGAUUGCUCUGAAGGAAAAUGACAUCCCUGUUGACACAAGCUUUGAACUGCUUAAAAGUAUAGCGUAGUGGGAGGUGCGCGGCGAGCUGGAUCUAGGGCGAGGGGUGCCGUCUAGGCUUCUCGGCGUAGCGGAUGGAGGCCAGGAGGGGAUCGAAGGGAGGUCGGCCACCCAUUCCAUCCCCAAUUACAGAGCAGCAGCGGCUACAGGGCGGCGGCGUGGAGCUACCGGCGACGGCUCGCGUCCGCAGCGGCUGUGUACUCUCACCACACAAACACCAAUUAUUGGCCAGAGGAGGAAGAGGAGGAGAUGGAGACGGCGAUCGGCGCGGCAAGCUGGCUCGUCGGCAAGGUGCUGAAUAAGCUGUCCAAUGACUUGGUGUCCUCGUAUGUGGCAAGCACCGAGCUCGGCUUCAACUCCGAGCAGAUCAAAACCAAGCUCAAGUACAUGCAAGGACUGCUGGAUGCGGCUCAGGACAGGGAUGUGAGCAGCAACCGUAGCAGCAACCGUGGCCUGCAGAGCUUACUGGAGGACCUGAGCAACAAGGCUGAUGAGGCUGAGGAUGUGCUGGACGAGCUCCACUACUUCAUGAUCCAGGACAAGUUGGACGGCACCACGGAGGCAGGCCCGGAUCUGGGCGAUGGCCUACGUGGCCAUGCUCUCCAUGGUCGCCAUGCUGCUCGCCACACAAUUGGUAACUGGCUUCCAUGCUUUUCUUGCUCACGUUCUCGUACACAAGAUGAUGGUUGUGGUACUGCUAUUGCUAUUACCAGUAACCCACACAAUGCAACCAAGUCUGAUAGCGGUGAUGAUGGUGGCUGUGUUCUGAAGUUGAAAUUCGAUAGAGUGGCCAUGUCCAACAAAAUCAAGUCAGUAAUAGAGAGCAUACAUAACCUGUGUGAUCCUGUCUCCGACUUGCUGAAUAAAAUCCCAAAUAACAACACAACUAUCACCGUCCAAAGGCUCCACACGGGUUCAACAGUUGCACAAGAUAAACUGUAUGGGAGGGGUGCCAUUUUUGAGAAAACUAUAAAUGCUCUGACCAGUGGCACAUAUGAUGGUGAAACCCUUUCUGUUCUGCCUUUUGUCGGUCCUGGGGGUAUGGGAAAGACAACCUUCACCCAACACUUGUAUAAUGAUAAAAGGGUUGAGGAGCAGUUCACUGUCAGGGUCUGGGUGUGUGUCUCAACUGAUUUUGAUGUGCUCAACCUCACCCGACAGAUCCUUAGAUGCAUACCUGCAAUUGAAAAAGAAGAACACAAGUGUACUGUCGAGACUGCCAAUUUAGACCAGCUUCAGAAAUCCAUUGCAGAGAGACUGAAGACCAAAAGGUUUUUAAUUGUCUUGGAUGAUAUUUGGAAAUGCAAUAGUGAAAGUGAUUGGAAUAACCUUUUAGCUCCAUUUAAAAGGGGGGAAACAAAGGGCAACAUGGUUCUUGUCACCACUAGAUUUCCCUCUAUAGCACAUAUGGUGAAAACAACUGAUCUAGUAGAGCUGCAUGGUCUGGAGCCUAAUGACUUUUUGGAAUUCUUUGAAGUAUGCAUAUUUGGUCAUAGCAAACCUGUGCAUUAUGAAGAUGACCUAAUUGAUGUUGCAAGAGACAUUGUUAAGAAACUAAAGGGUUCACCACUAGCAGCCAAUACAGUUGGUCGGUUAUUAAGGAAUAACAUUUCUCGGGAAUAUUGGAUUAGAGUUCUGGAAAAGAAUGAGUGGCAAAAUGCAAAAAAUGAUGAUGAUAUUAUGCCUUCUCUGAAAAUUAGCUAUGAUUACCUCCCUUUCCUACUAAAAAAAUGUUUUUCAUAUUUUGCUCUGUUCCCUGAAGAUUAUAAGUUUUAUAAUUUGGAAAUUACUAGCUUUUGGACUGCCAUAGGUAUCAUAGACUCUAGUUACCAAAACGAUAAUAAUUAUUUAGAGGAACUAGUAGACAAUGGUUUUCUCAUGAAGGGAGUUGAUAGGUAUGAUGAUCAAUACUAUGUGAUGCACGAUUUAUUGCAUGAACUAUCCCGUAAUGUGUCGUCACAAGAAUGUGUCAAUAUAAGUAGUUUAAGUUUCAGUGCUGAUAACAUCCCACAAUCUAUUCGACAGUUAUCAAUCACCAUAAAUGAUACAUAUGAUGAAAGUUUUGAAGAAGAAAUGGGUAAACUGAAGGGUAGGUUAGACAUUGCAAAUUUGCGGACUUUGAUGAUUUUUGGGUUAUGUAAUGCAAGCAUAGCUAAUGUUUUGAAAGACACAUUUGAGGACUUGAAGGGCCUCCGAGUAUUAUUUAUAGCAAUCAACAUGCCAACAUCUCUGCCUAACAACUUUUCAAAACUUAUCCACCUUCAAUACCUUAAGAUUGGUUCACCCUAUAACUUAGAAAUGACUUUACCUAGCACCUUGUCUAGAUUUUACCACUUAAAAUUCCUGGACCUACAAGCUUGGAAUGGUAGUAGAAAGUUGCCUAGAGACAUUAGCUGCCUUGUGAAUUUACGCCAUUUCAAUUCUUCCAAAAAACUCCACUCCAAUAUUCCCGAGGUUGGAAAGAUGAAGUGCUUACAAGAGCUAAAAGAGUUCCAUGUUAAGAAAGAGGGUGUUGGGUUUGAAUUGAGAGAGCUGGGGGAACUGGGAGAGCUAAAAGGAGAACUCCGCAUAUGCAAUCUUGAAACUGUGGCGUCCAAGGGGGAAGCUAGUGCUGCUAAACUGAAGAAUAAAAAGAAUCUGAAAGGGUUGAAAUUAGUUUGGGGUACGGAGCACCAAACCAUAGAUGAUGAUGUUCUUGAUGGUCUUCAACCACACCCUAAUCUUAGGGUGCUUGGCAUUAUAAAUCCUGGUGUUGCACCUUGUCCUAGAUGGUUGUGUGGUGACAUUAGCACAAAAAGGUUGGAGUCUCUUCAUCUGGAGGGUCUUUCUUGGUGUCCUCUUCCAGCUUUUGAGCAGCUACCACACCUCAGUAGUCUCACUUUGAAAAAUAUUGCUGGGUUGAGUGUGUUCGGGCCUGGCUUUAGUGGUGUUACAGAAAGAAGCUUCAUGCACCUGAAGACACUUGAGUUUGAGAAUAUGCCAGAGCUUGUGGAGUGGGUCGGGGAACCUAAUAGCCAUUUGUUUUCAAGGCUUGAAAGCAUCAAGUUUGGAGGUUGUCCCCUUCUCAGCUUGUUUCCCUUCUUGGAGUGCUCUGGCCUAUUUACCAACCUGUGUAGUCUUCAUAUCGAAAACUGCCCCAAGUUGUCUCAGUUCCCACCCAUGCCUCACACCUCCACAAUAACAGAUAUUCAUGUGAAAAAUGAUGGGUCAGAGCUAUUAUAUGAUGGUCAGGAAUUGCGCAUUGAAGGGUAUGCCGGUGCUUUGACUUUCCACAGUAUGGACAAAGUAGAGGUUAUGCAUAUUACAGAUGUGUCACACAUUUCCUUUUCAGACCUCCAAAAACUAAAUUCAUUGAGAAGUUUAUAUUUCAAGAAAUGCGAUGACAUGUUUUCUGCAGAAAUGGCUGAUAGUGUUGUCAUCUGUUCAGUUCAGAAACUUGGUAUACAGGAAUUAUGUAUUACUGGAGAAUUGUUCUCAAAGAUUUUGAAGUGUUUCCCGGCCCUUUCCCAGCUUACCAUGGGAGAGUGUAAGAGCCUUGAACUUCUGCCUGUGGAGGAUGGAGGACUCUUGGGCCUCGAGAUGCUCCAAUCAUUUACAGGAUACAAUUGUGGGAAGUUGUUCUCUCGGUGGCCCAAGGGAGAAGCAGGUGGAGGAGCUCGCGCCAUCAAGCCUUUCCCUACUUCCCUCAAGGAACUUAGGAUUUUCUUAGAGCCAAGCAUGCAGUCAAUGGGUCUGCUCUCAAACCUCACGUCCCUCACCAGUCUGACCCUGUCAAGUUGUAUGGAAUUGACAAUGGAUGGGUUCAGUCCUCUCAUCACAGUCAACCUCAAGAAAUUUGCCGUAGAUGCUAUGUAUUCGAAGCAAGAGAACAUGUCUAUUGCAGGGGAUCUGCUGUCAGAGAUUGCAAGGAGCAAAUUAGUGCGUGCAGGUUCUUUCCAGCUGGAAGAAUUUUUGGUGGAUAGCAUCUCGGCAGUGCUUACUGCUCCCAUCUGCAGCCACCUUGCCGCAAGCCUCCACACAUUGAUGUUCAGUUCUGAUGAGCGGGCAACAACCUUCACGGAAGAGCAAGAGCAAGCUCUGCAGCUCCUCACCUCCCUCAAAAAUCUAGAAUUUCAUGGUUGCAAGAACCUGCAGUCGCUCCCUCAAGGGUUACGUGACCUUUCUUCUCUGACGAAACUAACGAUCGGUAUUUGUGAGAAAAUCCUAUGCAUCCCGCCAGAGUGCUUCCCCGCUUCACUGAAAGGGCUUGGAGUAAUAUCUUGCAGUCCCGAGCAAAUUGAGCAAGCCAGAAAACUGAAAGAAAGUGACCCAUGGUUUUUUGUAAGUGUUGUCUCCCCCUUCGAGACAUACUGAACUAAAUUAACCAGGGAGCUCGUGCGCGGGGGAUCUGGGAAUGGUGGGAAUCUUCGCCCCUCUCUCUCUCUCUCGACCGUCGCCGACGGUGGGGUGCGAGGGCGGCGGUGGAGCGGAACUAUGGCGGCCAGCGGGGGAUGGUCGCGGGGUCGCACAAUCGCAGUGAGCUGGUCGUGAUCAGCCCCCGACCGUGGUGGCCCCCGAGUUCAACUAUAGUAGGCGAUUGAAUGGCAAAGGUCCAGAGUGGCAGCUGCAGGGUUAAGGAGAGGACAUUGAUUUGUCUUCAUCAUCAUCUUAUUCCUCGGCUGACAAGUGAGCAACAGUUGUUUUUGUAGGAAUGCCUGUACCUAGCCUGGAUUAAUGCCUGUACCAAAUUUCAAAUUGAUCAGGUGCCUCUCUUGUGCAUUAAUGCAUUGAUAACCGUCUUCAGACUUCUGGAUAGACUUCUUAAGAAACACUUGCAGUGAUGUAGAUGUAUCCUGUCAGCGUUGUGGAGCUAGGUAGAUUAGGAUCACAUACUCAAGUCAAUCUGCAGUUAGGAUGUGGCAGCUGCACGAUUUCACUUUUGAGCAACGUUAUCAAGUUUAAUCGUUCUGUUGGUAGCAUGAUUUCAUUCUGCAAACUGUGCCUCAUUCGGAGAGAAACAACAGUUCUGAUGGUAGCUUUCUCACAAUUCCAAUGUUGGAGCAGUAUCAAACAGAAAGGGAGGAUCAUCCCAUCAAGUCAUCAUUGCCUUUAUUAGUUCAGUGCCCUAUUUUCUUCAACUCGCAAGUAGGAACAGUCAUGGAAACAUAUAAUCUGAAGCUUAAAUUGGUGGUAGAUCCUCUAGUUAACAGAGUCACCAGUCAUGUAUAGUAUCUGCUAUGCAGUGGAGGGUGGCAAGCGCUUUCGUGUGUUUACACAACAAAUCGCUGAUGCUGACAAUUGAUGACAACCGCAUCGUCUGCCUUUGGUGUGCCCGCCCGCUAGCCAAGUGCUCUGCUACUCCCCUGUAGUCCCAACUCGCAUGUUCGACUCCGGCAGGGCAUGUCCCACGUCACCGGUGUAAUUUGGGAUGCUGACAAUUGCAACCGAAGGUGAAUUUUGUUUCUCUCGCAAUUUUAGCAGAUUUGCAUUCAGAACAACUGCAGCAAAGGUGUGUUCUGAAGGAGGAGCUGUUCUGAAAGAGAGGUUUUCCUCUCAAUUUACUAACCAAGCCCUGGAAAAGAAAAUCUGAGCCCUCUCUUGUUUGGGAACCCGGUCAGCAGGUCCACCAUUAGUAAGCAAAUUAAGUUCAUAAGGAGGAACGACGCGCUCGCUGUGGCCUGCUUCUUCCUGACCGGCGAACCAGGUCACCCUCCCGUCCCUCGCUGACGUGUUACGCUCCAUGGACAAUUGCAACCAAUGGGGACUGUGAGCUCUCGCGGUUGUCAUUGCAUUCAGGACCUAAGCUCUUCCAUCCAAAUAAUAAUAGCAAUGGAAGAUCUUCUGAAGCAGCAAUUCCAGGAAGGUUUUCCGCCAACUGUGCUCCCUACUGGGGUGGCUUGUGAUGCCACUUGCUCGAUCGAUGCUAACCCCAUCAUCUGCCUCUGGUGUGCCCGCCCGCUAGCUGUGUGCUCUGCUACUCCCUGUAGUCCCAACUUGUACGUCCACCUCACGGUCUUCGACUCCGGCACAGCAUGUACGCACGUCGUCGGAGUAAUCUGAGGCCGAGACCGAGCUGCUGCAAAUUCGACAAAUCCUCCAUGAAGCAAAUGAAGCAGGAACAGCUAGUCCCUACAGUAGGAACAACUAUCUGAUCAGAUAUUCCGAAGUUCAAAGUGGUAUCCUCUUCCGUGUCCAGGAAUCCGUGCCCGAUGCUGUGGAGCGGCAACUGCUUCUAUGUGUACCACACCCGUGAUGUCCACCGCGUCAUGCAUUCACCCGCGCGCUAGCUCUGUCCACCCCCUACGUACUCCGUCUCCUACGUCAACAACCUCGCCAUCUUCAACUCCAGCACUGCCUGGCCCCACAUCGCCGGCGCAAUUUGUGGCCAACACCGAGCGGCAUGUCCAUCUUUUGCAUGGUCAUCCUCCAGGCCCUGGCGUUCUGUGCAAGCAGAAGCUAGCACAUGCUAAUUUAGCUCCAACGGCGUGACACCUUCAGUGCAGUCGUUACAUAAACGAGACUUGGCAGGCAUGAACAUUGAUCAUCACCUUCCUUGUAAAAGAAGGCACAACAGUUCAUCAUGUAGACACUAAAUACUCACCGCAAGGAAUAUAUAUUAUGUACGGAACACCGAGACACAAGAAAGAUCGUGUUGACAACACCAAGACAUCAAAGGAACGUGUCUCGUUUGAACA